AGAGCAAUGACUGUCUCUGUCAGUGACUUUGUUUCUCUCUUUUUUAUGUCACGUUUAUCUAGAUUUUGGUGGUUAAUUCCUCAUUUUAAAUAGUUUCUUUCACUAAAAGUUGACAGCAACAGACAUUUGACUUCACCAGAAAUCACCAGCAUGGCAGGAAGGAUCGGAAAAUGGACAGAGAUAAAGCCUGCCACGGAAGAAACUCAGAAGAUCUGUGACAUGCUGAAGAGCGACACAGAGAAAAAGUGGACCAAACAGAGCUAUGAAAUAUUUAAGGCCAUUGAAUACAGGAUACAACCAGUGGCAGGAACAAACUUUCUCAUCAAGGUUCAUGCAGGAGGAAGUGAAUACCUCCAUAUUUAUGCCUACCAAAGCUCUCUAAAAAGGGGAGAGAUUAAAACUUUACUGAAGAGGGUAGAAAAACACAACGAAGGAGAUCCUCUGGAGCCCAUCAGACCUUUGGACUGAUGAGAAAACACAACUUCACCCCGGCAGCCUUACAGCAAAAUGCGCUGCUAUGUUGUAUAAAAGAGCAUGUUGGGAUGGCUUAAGUUUGACCUUUUCUAUCAGUAUGAUAUUAGUGGUUGUUUGAAAUAGCUAUUUUGCAGUGUGACUACCUUACUGAUUGCAUUAAUAUGUGGAAAAUGUACUAAUAUCUAAUAAAUAUAGCUAAAACUGCCCAAAAGACUUUUUAUUUUAUAAAAAAGACCUCAGGUCUAAACUUAACAUAAGAAAAAGGACAAAGACAAACUAAAAACAAGAAGCAGUGUGUUCACUAUGUAGGCAUAUUUUAAGAAUAUCUUGAUCCAAUCCCAAAAAGCAGUCCAAGGUCCUGAUCAAAGCUUUUUAAAAAUAACUUAGACUAAACUCUACUCCUGAAAAUUGGUGGAAUCUGAUUUAGGUCAACUGUAGCAACCCUAUUUUGCAGCCUCUCACAACAACAACAACAACAACAACAAAUAACUCUCCAAGACUUGUCUUGGUGCCUCAAGACAGUUUAGGCAACAUCUUGAAAUUAUUGGAAUCAGAAAUUAUGCUCUCUACCAGAAAGUCUUGAAGGAUCGUGUCUGACCAGCAGUUUGAAACUGAAGCAAGUUAUGCAGCAAGACAAUGAUUCAAAACACAACAGCAUGCUCAUCUUUGAACUUAAAAAAAAUGAAGGUUUUGCUAAACUUAGACUAAGUCAAGGCUUAAAUCUAAUUGCCUUUCUGUGGCAUGACCUUAAAAAUACAAUGUAAAAGACUAAUUGCCCUUAUUUGUUGAAUCUUUAUGGCAAUUGUUGCUACCAAGGGUGCCUCAACUGUUUAUUAGGUUUAGUGGGAAAUUACGUUUCACACAGUGCCAGGUUGAUAUGACUAAAAAGUGUGACAAAAAAGAAACGACACCUAUAAGGGGGCAAAUACUUUUUUGCAGCACCAAAUAUUAGAGAUAAGCUUUGUAAUAAAUCAGAAUAAACUUUUAACCUUAUUUGGGGUUGUUGUGAUGUUCACUUUGAAAGAGCUGUAAUGUCAGUAUAAAAUAUCUAAAUAUACUAAUUAAUCUCAUGUUGUCAAGCACCAACAAUAAAGAGUUCUAAUGAACAAGACAAGAAAACAGGUCCAGCUCAGCUCAUUGCCUGUCAGAAGCACCGGGUUUAUGCUAAAGAUUUAAAACACGGACAACAGAAGUCGCUUGAAAACAGUUCAUUGUGUUUUUGUUUUUUUUAAAAAAGCUUUUGUACAAUAACCCCUUGUGAAGAACAAAGAUGAUUUUUACAGCAUUCAUUCUGCUAUACCAUAAUGACACUGAGAA